AUGGCGAAAGAGCGGUUACUGACCUUCGUGCUUGCAGUGACGAUGGCGAUGGCGGUGAACGCACCGGCCGGUGAGGCUCACAACAUCACGGCGAUCCUCAGCUCGCCGGACUACAGCAUCUACAACAACUACUUGACGAAAACGAAGAUCGCCGACGAGAUCAACUCGAGGGAGACGGUGACGUGCUUGGUGCUACCCAACGCCGCCAUGGCCACCCUCGCCUCCAAAGGCUCCCCCGCCGAUAUCAAGAAGGCCCUCAGCCUUCUCAUCCUCCUCGACUACUUCGACCCCUCCAAGCUUCACAACCUCCAAGGCGGCUCCACCUUCACCACUACUCUUCUUCAGACCACCGGCACCGUCGCCGGAAACCAAGGCUUCGUCAACAUCACCGACGCCCGCGGUGGCAAGGUCAGCUUCUCCUCCGCCGUUCCUGGUUCUAAACCAGACGCCGUUUAUACAAAGUCUAUCAAGGAAAUCCCUUAUAACCUCUCCGUCGUCGAGAUCUCCGAUCCGAUCGUCUACCCUGGCCUAUUCGAUGGCUCGUCAAUCUCCAACUCCAACCUUACUGCGCUUCUCGAGAACGCCGGGUGCAAGACCUUCGCGUCUCUCAUCUCCUCUUCCGGCGUGCUCCAGACGUUCCAGUCCGCCAUGGGGAAGGGUCUCACUGUGUUCGCCCCCAACGACGAGGCCUUCAAAGCUCCCAUCGUUCCUGAUCUAUCAAAGCUUUCAGCCGCCGAUCUCGUGGCUCUGUUGCAGUACCACGCAUUGCCGUCUUACACUCCGAAAGCUUCGCUGAAGAUGGAGACCGGGCCGAUCGCCACCAUGGCGUCGAACGGGCCAGGGAAAUACGAUCUCAGAGUGAAAUCUCGCGGGGACGAGGUCUCGCUCGUCACCGGCAUUGACACAUCCCGCAUUGCCAGCACUGUCCUGGAUGACACCCCUGUUUGCGUCCUCACCGUCGAUAACGUCCUCCUCCCCGUCGAACUAUUCCCAAAUGCCACAGCUCCUGCUCCUGGACCAUCAGCUAAAUCACCAUCACCAUCGUCGUCCCCAUCCCCGUCCCAGUCUCCGUCCCCGUCCCUAGAGCCUGGGCCAACCGCUGUGGCUCCAACCCCAGCUCCGGGCAAAAAGAAAAAGCCGGAGGCUCCAUCCCCAAUGCCAAGAUCACCUCCAGCACCACCGACGGAAUCUCCAGCCCCAGCGAGCUCCCCAGCGGAGUCCCCUGAAAACCAGCCAGCUGAUGAUACUUCCAUGGCUGCUGAGACGAUGGUGGGGACUUUCGCGGCUGCGUUCGUCUCGGCUCUCUGCUCACUGGGCUUCAUUUUGUAAGCAAAGUGUUUGUUUGAUUGCCUGUGAAGAAGCGCCUCCGCGCACACCUUCCUGGUUUUGCUCUGUUUUUUUGGUGUUCUUGUGCUGACUUGUCACUGGCUGGCGCUGUGUUGGUUUGGUCCUUACCUUUAUUGAUAUA